AUGUCCCCCAGGAGCCAGGGGGUGUCCUGUGCGGACGAGGAGCUGAGGGCAGCCCUGACCGCAGCCUGGCCAGUGGAGAGGAGCAGGCAGCAGGCCAGCUGGUUUGGCACCGGUCCCGGCAGCCUGUCCUGCCCCUUCACUGUGACUGUGCAAAACGGUGGGGCGGUGACGAUGACGAUGGCGCUGGCCGGGACAGGAGGAAGCAGAGGGGCCCGGCUCGGUGCUGUGCUGCUCGAGGCGAAACGGCAGGCUGAGACGGGCAGGCAGGGGGAAGGACACGGCCAGCUCCUGGCUGCAGCCAUGGCUGAGGCUGGGGACCAGAGCAUCCACACGCAGCACAUCUCAGCCGUGCACAAUAUUCCCAUGCAUGUCCUCAUCCGGCCUAUCCCUGCGGAGCUGGAGCCGGACAAGGUGCAGAGCCUCAUGCAGACCCUGCAGGAGGAACCCGAGCGGGUGCCCCCCAUCGACGUGCUCUGGAUCAAGGGCAGCCAGGGUGGGGAUUACUUCUACUCCUUCGGGGGCUGCCACCGCUUCGCUGCUCACAGGGCGCUCAACCGGGACACCAUCCCCGCCAAGAUCGUCCCCUCCACCCUCAGCGACCUCCGCACCUACCUGGGCUCCUCCACGCCGCACCUGCGCUAGCCCGGCCCUCCGGGGGCUGCACGGCCCCCCGCAGGCCCCCGCCCCCGCCGGUCCCCGAGCGCUGGGCUGGGGCUGAGCCGCGGGGCCCGUGAGCCUCCGGUGAGGAUGGGGUCAGGGUCCCCCCCAGACCUGGGGGCGCUCCCUGCGGGGCUGGGGUCUCCCCGCGCCCCUCCGGCCGGGCCGGGGUCGGGGUCCCGCUGGCAGCGGGAGGAGCCCGGCGCGGGGGCGCGGCGGGGCCGGCAGGUGGCGCUAUUGUGCCGCGCUGCGCCUUGGCGAGCGGCCGCGGGGACCGGGACGGGGCGGACAGGGAUGGACCGGGACAGACCGGGAUGGGACGGGAUGGGACGAGAUGGGAUGGACUGGGACGAGACGGGACGGGACGGGAUGGGACAGGAUGGGAUGGACCCUGAUGGACCGGGACAGACGGACAAGAUGGGAUGAACCACGAUGGGAUGGGACGGGAUGGACUGGGAUGGGAUGGGAUGGAAUGGGACUGGAUGGUAUGGGAUGAACUGGGACAGAAGAAGAUGAACCGGGAUGGACCAGGACAGGAUGAACGGGGAUGGGACGGGAUGAACUGGGGUGGGAUGGGAUGAACUGGGACAGGCCAGGACAGGAUGAACCAGGACAGGACAGGAUGGGAUGGACUGGGAUGGAAUGGGAUGAACUGGAAUAGGGUGAACUGGGAUGGGACGGGACAGGAUAAACCAGGAUGGGGCAAACCAGAAUGGGACAAACUGGGAUGGGGAGGGGAUGAACUGGGACGGGCUAAAUGGGGGCAUGGCUCAACUGGGAAGGCUGAACCGGGAUGGAAUGGGCUGAACUGUGGCAUGGCUCAUCUGGGAAUGGCUGAACUGGGACAGGAUGGGCUGAACCGGGAUAGGAUGAACUAGGAUGGGACGAACUGGGACGGGACAGGGCAGGAUGAGCUAAACCGGAGCACAGCUCAGCCAGGAAUGGCUGAACCGGGACGGGCUGAACCGGGGCACACUGGAACUGGGCCAGGUCACAGCCCAUCCAGGGCACAGCCGAACCAGGAAGGGCUACAGGCAAACCAGGACACAGCCGAAUUGGGACAGAGGCGUACCAGGAGGAGGCACAUCUGAACCAGGCACAACUGAUCCUCAGGCCUCUCCCAGUGACUCUGGGCUCACCCUGUGCCCAGAUCAGGAGGACCCUGAGCUAUGCCUCCCCAAAACCACCUGCCUCCAUCCCUGGACACAUCCUGUGGUCCCCCUCUCCAUGAGGGACAUCACUGAAAUGGUGAGGGGGGGACACCUGCUGUGGCGCUUGGAAUAAAGGCAAUCAAACCCCC